AUGGGGGUUUACCUUAGCACUCCGAAAACUGAGAAGGUAUCCGAAGAUGGGGAAAAUGAUAAACUUAAAUUCGGACUUUCAUCUAUGCAAGGGUGGCGCGCAACUAUGGAAGAUGCUCACUCGGCUUUGCUAGAUCUUGACAAUGACACUGCAUUCUUUGGUGUUUUUGAUGGACAUGGAGGAAAAGUAGUUGCCAAAUUCUGUGCAAAAUAUCUACACAGAGAAGUUCUCCAUAGUGAAGCCUAUGCAGCUGGUGACCUGGGUGCUGCUGUCCACGGAGCUUACUUCAGAAUGGAUGAAAUGAUGCGGGGUCAAAGAGGAUGGCGGGAACUCCAAGCACUUGGAGAUAAGAUAAAUCAGUUUACUGGCAUAAUAGAAGGCUUGAUUUGGUCCCCUAAAGCAAGUGGUUCAAAUGAUAGACAUGAUGAUUGGGCUUUCGAGGAGGGACCGCACUCUGAUUUUUCUGGGCCAAAUUGUGGGAGUACAGCCUGUGUAGCAUUAGUCAGAAAUAGGCAACUCGUUGUGGCAAAUGCUGGUGACUCCCGCUGUGUCAUCUCAAGGAAUGGCCAGGCAUACAAUUUGUCAAGAGACCAUAAACCAGAGCUUGAGGCAGAGAGAGAAAGGAUACAAAGUGCAGGGGGUUACAUUCAAAUGGGGCGUGUAAAUGGAACUUUAAACUUGUCAAGAGCUAUUGGAGACAUGGAGUUUAAACAAAACAAGUUCUUGUCCCCUGAUAAGCAAAUUUUGACCGCAAACCCCGACAUAAACAUUAUCGAGCUAUGUGAUGACGACGAAUUCAUCGUUUUAGCAUGUGAUGGCAUUUGGGACUGCAUGUCAAGCCAGCAGUUGGUUGAUUUCAUCCGUGAGCAUAUAAACACAGAGGAAAGCCUGUCUGCAGUAUGUGAAAGAGUGCUUGAUAGAUGCCUGGCUCCAUCAACCAUGGGCGGCGAGGGGUGUGAUAAUAUGACGAUGAUCCUGGUGCAGUUCAAGAAGCCGAUUGCUCAGGUCAAGGACGCCAGUGGUGCAGAACAACCAGCUGGAGACGCAGGAUGCUCUGAGACCCAUGGGGCCGAGGAGAACGGCUCUGAUAAGCAGAGGCAGUCCUCCGGUGCCAUGGAGUUCGGCUUCCGCGCCGGCGACCGCAGGCCGCGCCGCCCUUGCCCCGGCCCCGACCGACGCUUCACACCACCGCAAGCCGGGCCCUUCCAUGGCGAGCCGCCGCCGCCCUCGCCGUUCGAGCGGGAGGCCGCGGCGCGGCGGGAGCGGAUCAUCCGCGAGGAGGUGGAGCGGCGGCUCAUCGAGGAGGAGAUCCGCCGCGAGCUCGCCCGCUUCCACGGCGGUUCCGGCGCCGUCCCGUUCGUCGGGCCCGACGGCCCCACCAUCGUGCCGCCACCACCCCCAGGCCCGUUCUUCAUGCCCGAUGGCCCAUUCAUGCCGCCAAUGCCGCUGCCCCAGAUGCCGGUGGGCAUGCAUCCGAACUGCCCGCCACCGGCUUUGUUCGGGUCGUGGGAGGGGUUCGGCCCUCGGCGGCUCCCGGGAUUUGGGCAACCGAUGCUCCCCAAUGAGGCGAGAACGAGGCCCCUUCCGCCUCCGAAGCCGAGGCAUCAGCUCCAGUUGCGCGAGAUCGCGCCCAGCGAGAGCUCUCAGGUUCUUUCAUCAGAAAUGAAGGUUUCUGGUGUGAAGAGGAAGGCAGAUGCGAGUUCUGCAACUACUAAACCAACAAAACUACAAACUGCUGCCAGGGACUGGAGCUGUGCACUCUGUCAAGUGAGUGCAACCAGUGAGGCUGGUCUGAAUCAGCAUCUUGAAGGGAAAAAGCACAAGGCAAAGCUGGUUCAAUGUGGAGCGAUCAAGGUGAACGAUACUAAUAAAAGUGGUUUGCAAGUAACUACUGGGAACAACAAUGGUGCAGGCCCAAAUGAUGCACCUAAGAAAAUCCACAUCCUGGUCGAUGGAGAGAUGCAUCAGGUUGUUCAAAAAAGCAACUAUGUAUGGUGUGAGCGCUGCAGGGUCAGUUGUACCAACGCCGCUGCCAUGGCUGACCAUCUGCGGGGCAAGAAGCACAGUUUAUUGAAUAAAGUUUGGACGUCAAUAAAAGCUGUGAGAAUGAACAAGGAAGUUAAGGAAGAUUCAGCUGCUACAUGGGAGACUGAGAGAAAGGUAACUGAAAACGGCUCUACUGGAAUUCCAGAGGAACAUAAGGAGGAAGACACAUACAUGACCAGUGAAUUCAGUGGAGAUGGUUCUUUCGAAAUUCCUAUGGAAAUGAAGGAAACCACUGACAUGGCCGAAGAAGUAGAUGCAAAUAGUCACAAUGUAAUUCCUGUGGAAAUCAAGAAGGAAGACACUGACACUACUAGCGAAGUUAACGGAAAUUGUGCUGGGGGAACCAAGCAGGAAGGCACUGACGUGGACGCGGCCAUGGAUGUAAAUAAGAACUUUCUGUUGAAAUUCCAUCAGAAAUCAAGAAAUAAGGCAAAUAAGAAUUUUCUGUCAAAAGUCCAUCAGAAGUCAAGAAAGAAGAUAAAUAAGAAAUUUCUGUCCAAAGUCCAUCAGAAGUCAAGAAAGAAGACAAAUAUGAAAUUUCUGUUGAAAGUGCAUCAGAAACCAAGACCAAAGAAAUGGCUCGGGAUUCGGGAAGUAAAUGAAAAUAGUUCUAUUGACAUCCCAGCUGAGGAAAGACAUAAUGAUGAAACCACAGAUGCAGCCAGCUGA